AGAGACAAAGAUCACCCGCGCUGCGCUGCACCGCCCCGAGGACGAUGGCCGCGUCUCCUGCACUGCUCCUCCUGCUCAGCCUCACGCUCUGCUGCACCGGCACCCAGGAACAGAGAGACACAGUGGUGGUCAGGCCCCAAAACAGGAAUAUGAAGCAACCCCAGGAGGGACAGUGGCUGCAGCUGGAGUGCCGGACAUACAGAAUCACCUGGGGAGCCUCCUGGGUCCGCCUGGACAAGACUGGCAACCUUCACUUCAUAGCUUCCGGUAACUCUCCACAUAACACAAUCUUUCAUGGGAAUACAACAAUAUCUCUACGCUUUAAGGCAUCAUGGAAAAACAACACCUUUUGGCUGGUGGUGAAGUCCUUCAGGGCACAGGAUGAGGGGAUCUAUUUCUGCGUCAACUACAGCAACCAGGUGCUGCACUGCAGCUCUGGACAACUCGCCUUCUUCCCAGUCACAACAACAGCAGCACCCACCACACCCGCUGCCACCACCCACGGCAGCCAGGUCACCAGCAAGGACAUCUCCCGGCACAGCCCGCAUCCAGGAACAAGUAACGAGGACAAGCUGAAUUGGUCCUGUAAAUUCAUCAUGUGGGUUAACCUGUCUUGCGCCUGCCUCCUGCUCCUCACUGCCAUAACCAUCACCAUCACGCUCUCCCAAAGGACCAAGCUCAGCGUAAGCAAGCAGUGCUGCGUGGCUGCUCAGCAGAAGCCACACAGGCGUCCUCCUCAAGCACCGCACUGACACCAGCAGCAACACAGACAGCUGCCCUGAUGCAGCGCGGCCAUUUGCCUGCUCCUCCUCUGCCUGCCCACCAGCACUGCACACCUCCCGCCGCCUGACAUGUGCUCCUGCCCCACAGCGCUGUUACACACCCACACCGCCUGGACAGCGCUGACCCCAAGAAGACGGGCAGCUCCGGGCCACUAUGGAAAAGGCACCGCUGUGCUGGACAGCAGACCCUUCCAUGAGAUGAACAAUAAACCAAUCAGAUCCAAAACUCA